AUGACACCUUUUAAUCCAUCAUGUUUUUAUUCAAGGAUAUCAUCGAAGACAUUUCUAUCCAGUUUUAAGCUAUCGCAUGCAAGGUGUUUUGGCAUAAAACGAUAUGCUAGUACCGCUGCUAUAUUAUCUGGAACUUCACCGCAGAACGCUGAUCCCGCAGAUUUGCUUCGUCUUCAACGACUGCGUAAUAUCGGUAUUAGUGCCCAUAUCGAUUCCGGGAAAACAACGUUAACCGAAAGAAUACUUUAUUAUACCGGACGAAUAAAAGCGAUUCACGAGGUUCGCGGAAAAGAUGGUGAAGGUGCCAAAAUGGAUAGCAUGGAGUUGGAACGCGAACGAGGAAUAACUAUCCAAUCUGCCGCUACAUAUUGUAAUUGGAAUUGGAAAGAUCAUGGCGACUACAAUAUCAACAUCAUUGAUACUCCAGGUCACGUUGACUUUACAAUCGAAGUUGAACGCGCUCUUAGAGUUCUUGACGGUGCCGUGUUAGUCUUGUGUGGUGUCUCUGGAGUCCAGAGUCAAACUAUUACCGUAGACCGUCAAAUGCGUCGAUAUAACGUUCCUCGCAUAUCUUUUGUAAACAAAUUGGACCGUGUUGGCGCAAAUCCUUUUAACGUCAUUGAACAAAUUCGACAAAAGUUAAGAAUUACUGCCGCUGCUGUGCAAAUUCCUAUUGGACUCGAAGACGAUCUAAAAGGUGUCGUCGAUUUGAUUAAAUGGAAGGCUAUUUAUAAUGAAGGCAACCGGGGUGAAAAGGUUAUUGAGAAGGAAAUUCCAGAUGAUCUUAUCGAACUGGCAACUUCAAAAAAGCAGGAAUUGAUAGAAAAUCUUGCUGAUGUAGAUGAUCAAAUAGCUGAAAUUUUUUUGAUGGAAGAAACGCCCAGCACUGAACAGUUAAUGGAUGCUGUUCGACGUGCAACUAUUGCGAAUAAAUUUACCCCUGUUCUUAUGGGAUCAGCUUACAAAAAUACUGGUGUACAACGUGUACUGGAUGCUGUAUGCGCGUUUCUUCCUAAUCCAACUGAGGUACAUAACACUGCUUUAGAUAUAAGUCGAAAAGAAGCUCGAGUUGACCUAAUUCCAUAUUCGAAAAACCAUUUUGUUGGUUUGGCAUUCAAAUUGGAAGAAGGAAAAUAUGGACAAUUAACUUAUAUCAGAGUUUAUCAAGGUACUUUAAAAAAAGGCUCUUUUAUCACAAAUUCUAAAACCUCUAAGAAAGUCAAAGUGCCAAGGCUAGUUCGAAUGCAUUCAAACGAGAUGGAGGAUGUUGAAGAAGUUGGUGCAGGUGAAAUUUGUGCUGUGUUUGGUGUCGAUUGUUCUUCUGGAGAUACAUUCACUGAUGGAACUCUGUCUUAUACAAUGACUUCCAUGUUUGUUCCGGACCCAGUUAUUUCUUUAUCGAUCACACCAAAUGUUAAAGACUCUCCAAAUUUUUCCAAAGCUCUCAAUAAAUUUCAAAAAGAAGAUCCUACCUUUCGUGUUACAUAUGACUUGGAAAGUAAAGAAACCAUUAUCUCUGGAAUGGGCGAAUUACAUUUAGAUAUUUAUGUGGAACGCAUGAAAAGAGAAUAUAAUGUUGAUUGUAUAACAGGCAAGCCUCAAGUGGCUUUCAGAGAAACCAUAAAGUCAACGGCUAAAUUCGAUUAUACGCAUAAAAAACAGACUGGCGGAGCUGGUCAGUUCGGUAAAGUAAUGGGAUAUAUUGAACCAUUAAAUGAGGUAACGGACGAAGAUGAAGAGCCGCUCCCAGCAUUUGAAAAUAGAGUUGUUGGUGGACAUAUUCCUUCCAAUUUUAUUCCAGCUGUUGAAAAGGGUUUUCAAGACGGUCUAGAAAAAGGGUCUUUAAUCGGUCAUCCAAUCAAAAAUGUUCGAUUUGUGCUUGAAGAUGGAGCCCACCAUGCUGUUGAUUCAUCAGAACUUGCAUUUCGUCUUGCAGCAUUGUACGCAUUUCGAGAUGCAUAUAUGAGGGCCAAUCCUGUCAUUUUAGAACCUAUUAUGAGUGUAUCUAUUACGGCACCGGUUGAAUUUCAAGGAACUGUCAUUGGAAAUUUAAACAAGAGAAAAGGUACUAUUCUUGAUACAGAGGUUCAAGAAGAUCAUUUUAUUGUGACUGCAGAGGUUUCUUUAAAUAAUAUGUUUGGAUAUUCAUCAGAUUUAAGGAGCGCUACGCAGGGUAAAGGCGAAUUUACGAUGGAGUACAAAACACAUCAACCAGUCUUACCUUAUGUUCAAGAAGAAUUAAUUAAUGAAUAUAAAAAAAAGAAAUUAGCAGAAAAAAAAUAG